AUGACCCGUAGCCAGUCGGGAGGUUUACUGCCGUUGAAUCCAGAGAUUGACCGCACCUGUCGCCAACUUAGGAGACAACAGCGAGCUAGACUGGCUACGGAAGAGCGCAUAGACGGCCACCUGAGUAUCGAUUCUGAAGAAGAGUACGGGAUGGACGGAGAAGAGGUUGAAGAUGGUGAUGCUACCCAUGGGGGGUCCCCGAACGUUUAA